AUGGCCAGCAAAGGCACGGACGCCGCCGCCGACAUGACGGUGCCGCAGCCACCGCCGUCGCAGGGGAGGCUCAUCACGGUGCUGAGCAUCGACGGCGGCGGCAUCCGUGGGCUCAUCCCUGCCACUAUCAUCACCUGCCUCGAGGCCAAGCUCCAGGAGCUGGACGGGCCGUACGCACGCAUCGCCGACUACUUCGACGUGAUCGCCGGGACGAGCACCGGCGCGCUGCUGACAUCGAUGCUGGCGGCGCCGGACGAGAACCGGCGGCCUCUGUUCGCCGCCAAGGACCUCACCACCUUCUACCUCGAGAACGGCCCCAAGAUCUUCCCACAGAGAAAGGUGGGGUGGCUGACGCCGGUGGCCAACCUGAUCGGCACGAUGAGGGGUCCCAGGUACGACGGCGUGUUCCUGCACGACAAGAUCAAGAGCCUCACGCACGACGUGCGGAUCGCGGACACGGUCACCAACAUCGUGGUGCCGGCGUUCGACGUCAAGUACCUGCAGCCGAUCAUCUUCUCCACGUACGAGGCCAAGAGCGACGCCCUCAAGAACGCGCACCUCUCCGACAUCUGCAUCAGCACGUCGGCGGCGCCCACCUACUUCCCCGCGCACUACUUCACGACGGAGCCCGGCCCCGGGGACGGGCGGCCGCCGCGGGAGUACCACCUCGUCGACGGCGGCGUGGCGGCCAACAACCCCACGAUGAUCGCCAUGUCCAUGCUCACCAAAGAGGUGCUCCGCCGGAACCCGGACUUCAACCCCGGGAAGCCGACCGAGUACCGGAACUACCUCGUCAUCUCCGUCGGGACCGGGUCCGCCAAGCUCGCCGAGAAGUACACCGCGCCGCAGUGCGCCAAGUGGGGGCUCAUUCAGUGGCUCUACGAGGGCGGGUUCAACCCCAUCAUCGACAUCUUCUCGCACGCCAGCGCCGACAUGGUCGACAUCCAUGCCGCCGUGCUCUUCGAGGCCCUCCAUUGCGAGAAGAAUUACCUCCGCAUUCAGGAUGAUUCUCUAACGGGCCAUGCGUCGUCGGUGGACAUCGCGACGAAGGAGAACAUGGAGGCACUGAUUGGGAUUGGGAAGCAGCUGCUCAAGAAGCCGGUGUCGAGAGUGAACAUCGACACGGGGAUGUACGAGGCCGUCGCCGGAGAGGGCACCAACGAGGACGCGCUUGCACGCUUCGCAAAGAUGCUCUCCGACGAGCGGCGGCUGCGCCAGACCAACCUCAACUCCUACUAG